AUGAAGAAGUUUGCGUCCCGGCUUCUAAAUCUCGAGUUGCUUUCUGAGGCAGAGGUCCAGAGCAUUUGCAACAAGGUGUCGGAGAUCCUCAUAUGCGAGCCAAACAUCCCAAACAAAAGGGCACCUGUCAUUGUUUGUGGAGACAUCCAUGGACAGUUCUUCGACCUGGUAAGCCUAUUCAGGAUUGAUGGCAUUCCUUCGAAAAAGAGAUAUGUCUUCCUUGGAGACUACGUGGACAGAGGAAAAAACUCCCUUGAAUGCAUACUGUUUCUUUUUCUCUUAAAAAUUCUGUAUCCAGAGAACGUCACGCUUAUAAGAGGAAACCAUGAGCAGUCCACCAUCAACAAGGUGUAUGGAUUCUACGAGGAGAUCGCCGAGAAGUAUGGCAGUCCAAAAAUAUGGAGGAUGAUCAACGAGGUAUUUAACCUGCUUUGUGUUGGAUGUUUGAUUGAUGGAAGAAUACUAUGUGUACAUGGAGGGAUAUCUCCCAAGAUCAUGUCCCUGAACCAAAUAAGAAGGCUGGACAGGCUGCUUCCCAUCGGAGAAGGAAGCGAGUUUGCAGACAUUCUCUGGGGAGAUCCAUACGACGGGAAGGGCUUCCAGCCUAGUCCCCGGGGGAGUGGAUACCUUUACGGAGAGGAUGUCGUGAUGAGGUUUCUCGAGCUCAAUGGACUUGCAAGCAUUGUGAGAUCGCAUCAGCUUGUGAUAGAGGGAUACAAAUUCCAUUUCCCAGAGAGAAAUGUGAUUACUGUAUGGAGUGCUCCAAACUAUAUGGGGAAGUGCGGAAAUCCAGCAAGCAUUCUGAGAAUCAAUGAGACAUUGGAUAUUUCUGACAAGGACUUCUGCAUAUUCAAGUCCACACCACAGAAAAAGGAGUUUCUUGAAAAGCUUGAGGGAUUUGAUCUGUAA